CAUCGACCAAGGCCACGGAAAUAUCAAGAUUAAUAUUUUUUAAAUCAUUGGCAAUCUAUGAAUGGUUAAUUGGAUAUCAAGUAUUUUCAUAUUCGAAUUUACGUAAGAUUUAUGUGUAUGAAUUAAUCUUACCCUUGUAUUCGAUUACCUUGGAUUUGAAAUAUGGUUUAUCUGCGACGCAAGAUUUUAUUAUCUGGAACUGCCCUUAAUCAACUACAGAAAAGCUUAAGAUGGAGUUCAUCUUUAAAAAUUAGAGAUAAAAAUGAGAUUCGACCGGAACGAUCGUUUAAAUAUGCUGAUUUAUCAGUCCGGCUUGCAGCACCUCAUCAACUUCAACCAAAACCAAAUGUUAGAGCGCUUUCUUUUGGCAAAUAUUUUACAGAUCACAUGCUUAAAAUUUUUUUUUAUGAAACAUUAGGUGGAUGGCAGACACCAGAAAUUACACCAUUUGAAAAUUUAGUCCUUCAUCCAGGAGCUAAAGUUUUACAUUAUGCAAUAGAGUUGUUUGAAGGUAUGAAAGCGUAUCGAGGAGUAGAUGGAAAAAUAAGAUUAUUUAGACCUGAACUAAAUAUGGAACGAAUGAACAAUUCGGCUGUAGGAUCUGGUCUACCUAGCUUCAAUGGAAAUGAAUUAAUUAAAUGUUUCACUAGAUUAAUAAGCAUAGACCAAGAAUGGGUUCCACAUUCAACUGCUGCUAGUCUCUACAUACGUCCUACUCUAAUAGGAAUAGAUCCUACAUUGGGGGUAUCAGCACCAGAUUCAGCGUUACUGUACGUAAUAUUAUGCCCCGUGGAAUCAUACUAUAAUACCAGUAUGGAAAAUGGGGUGUCCCUGCUUGCAGAUCCACGAUAUAUUCGCUCAUGGCCAGGUGGCUGUGGAGAUCGUAAGGUGGGAAGUAAUUAUGGUCCUACAAUCAAGAUGCUAAAAAAAGCUCUGAAAAAAGGAUAUCAGCAAGUGCUAUGGCUAUACGGAGAACAUAAUGAAAUAACUGAAGUAGGAGCAAUGAACAUUUUUAUGGUUUACCUCAAUGAUGACGGUGAAAAGGAAUUGGUGACGCCGCCAUUGAAUGGUUUGAUUUUACCUGGGGUAGUAAGGAAUUCCAUAUUAGCUCUUUCACAGGAAUGGAAUCAGUACAAAGUUAGUGAAAGAAAAAUUUACAUGAAGGAAAUCUGUCGAUUACUUUCAGAAAAUAGACUUUUGGAAAUGUUUGGUUCUGGUACUGCUUGCAUCAUUAGUCCUAUUUCUAAUAUAGGCUUUAUGGAUCGUGAUUUCCAUAUACCGACUUUACAACAAUCUGACCCUAUUUAUAAAAAACUUGAAAAACAUUUAAAAGAUAUACAGUAUGGAUAUAUACCUGAUCAUCCAUGGACUAUAACUAUAGAUUGAUAUAAAAUAUAUUUCAAAUAAACAGGUUGUGGUUGAAUUAAAUUAAAUAUGUAUUUUUAAUAUCUCUUCUAACAAGAAAAAAACAGAAAUCGAUAACAAGAGAUAUUAUUAACAGACGAUAUGUUUAUUAUAGGAAUAAUGACCGUUUUGUAUAAAAUAAAUUAAAAUAUUAUUUAUUUAUAAUAUUGUAUAUAUGAAAUAGUGUAAAAAGAUCUCUACAAAUGUUUCAUGUUAAUUGUUAAGAGUUGUAAUGGAUAUCUAUAAUUGUAAAAGAUUUUAUAUGUAUGAUUCUAAUUGUGAUUUAACGAAUGAAUGCAACUCUUUGAUGUGUGUUUUGUAUAUGCGAAAUCGUACGUUGAUGCUCGAUACAAAAAGUUUGUACUUAGGUAACAUUUAUUUAUAUAAAAUAAUUUUUUUACAAGUUAUUAAAGUAAAUUGUUAUAUAAAAUAAA